GUUGAUCCCGAGAGCCUCGUGAGUGACGGAGUGGGGAGCCAGGCACUGCGGUCUUCAUGUCUGAGGACUCCGGCGGCCUGUCCAACAGCAACGACGACGAGCUGCAGGAGGUGAUAGGUGAGAACCUGCCCGCGACCAUCAACGGGGACGACGAAGAGCUACAGGAGGAGAUAGGUGAGAACCUGUCCGCGACCAUCAACGGGGACGACGAAGAGCAGCGUUUGGUAGAAGCUAAAAAGCUCCAAGAAAAAUGUCUCAGACUCGGCUCCCCCGUGUCUCCUGCUAGGCUUUACUGCUGCUAUGCAGUGAUCACCGUCCUCACUGCAGUUGUGAUUGCACUUUCUUUUGCUCUGUCAUUGUCAGCAGGAAAGACAAAACAGGUCUCAAUCAAAAAUACCUAUGCUACUUGCCCAAGAAACUGGAUUGGAUUUGGAAAUAAAUGUUUUUAUUUUUCUGAAGACUUGGGAAACCAGACAUUCAGCCAGAACUACUGCAUUGCACUAAAGGCCCAACUAGCUCGAUUUGACAACCAAGAGGAACUGAGUUUCCUGAAGAGAUACAAAGGACCUUCUGACCACUGGAUCGGCCUGCACAGAGAGUCAUCACACCACCCUUGGAUGUGGACAGACAACACCGAAUAUAACAACUUGUUUCCCACCCGAGGAGAAGGACCACAUGCCUACCUGAGUGACAGAGGGAUCAGCAGUGGCAGGGACUACAUACGUAGGAGGUGGAUCUGUAGCAAACCCACCAGCUAUGCUUUACAGUGUCCAGGAGUCUCACAGCUUGUGUAAAACUGUGUCAAAGUGAACAUGAGAGAUCUGUAGCAUGUUAUCUACAAUUACAGUUUCAUAUCUUUAACUUAUGAAGUUAUCAAAAUUAACUCACAAUCUUUGCUAACAUCAGAGAUAAAACUAUUAUAGAGGGUACUUGGGAGACUAUGGGUUAUUUUAAAUUAAAUUAAAUAAGUGUUUAUAUUGGUUUGUACUCACAUCAUAAACCUGAAUACAAUCACAUCAUUCA